GAUCUGAAAGAUGCUAAUUGUUUCUGUUUCCUGUGAUGGGAAUAAAAAAUGCCAAAUACUCAUCCAGCUGUGGAAAUCAUCUCAGGCUGAGGUGGAGGAAACACUGAAGCGAAUCCAGAGCCAGAAGGGAGUGCAGGGAAUCAUUGUGGUUAAUUCGGAAGGUAUUCCCAUCAAGAGCACCAUAGACAACUCCACCACCAUUCAGUACGCCGGCCUCAUGCACAGCUUCAUCAUGAAGGCCAGGAGCACCGUGCGGGACAUCGAUCCCCAGAACGACCUCACGUUCCUGCGGAUCCGCUCCAAGAAAAAUGAAAUCAUGGUCGCUCCAGAUAAAGACUAUUUCCUGAUUGUCAUCCAGAAUCCAACUGAAUGAUUACACUGACUCAGUCUGGUUUUUCCCUUUGCCUGUUUUAUUUUCCCUGUUUUAUUUUUUAUUUAAUGGUAAAGGAUAGAGCAUUAGUGUUAACUGUGCUGUGACUCUUCAGUAAGGUUUGGGAAAAUUAAAGCAGGUGGUUUUGUUGUCUACAAACAGAAAAAAUGUUGCUUUUUGUAUCACAAGUAAUUUUGAGUGGGAGCUGGUGAGUUGGAAUUGGGCAGUAAAAAAUGCAACAGAUUCUUUUAAUAGCUAAGAUAAUAUAAUAAAAUUCUAAUAAUAACCAAAAAAAUACUAUUCUUUGUAUUCCUUUGUGCUUCUUUCACCACUGAGCUCUGCUUUUACACUCUUGGUUUUGAAUGGCUGUAAAUAUGACUGCCUGUCCUCUAGUUCUGUCUUACUCUGUUGGUUUUACUUCAAAAGAAUCUGGCCAUAAGAAAUUAAAAAGCGUCAACAUGUAA